AUGUCGGAACGCCCUACCUACCUGGACGUGUCGGCGCUCUCCCCCCGCGAGUACCCAGUGUUUACGCAGUGGGUCGAGCGCAUCAAGCCUGCACAUUCGCGCCGCGAGGGCCGUCUUGACGAGCACGCCGCCGUCAAGUUUUUGCGCUCCGAACUGGGCGUCUCUGUGGACGAAGAAGUCUGCAUCAUGUCGCUGUUUGAGCGGCUUCCCCUCGGUCUCCUGCCGGGCCACUUUUAUGCCAUGCUCCGCCUCACGGCAUGGGCGCAGCGGGGCCACGCCGUGGCGCGCGAUCUGCUCUUUAUCCAGACGGACCCCCCAGAGAUUCGCCGCCGGCGUCAUGCAAACACACGCAUUAUCAGCACGGCCUCGCUACCCGAGACUGUGCAUGGCAGCCCCGCAGCCCUGUCAGCGAUUGACCAGGUAUCUGACUCGCAUGGCAUGAACGUGCCUAAGGCGCCACAGCGCCCUGUGCCUGAUAUGCGCCCCGCACAGUAUGGCCCGAUGGAACAUGUACAGGAGCCUGAGCUGGGCUACCACAAGGUGGUAUUUUCUCCAUCAGAGCCACGUCUCGUGCGCCCACGGCCAGUGGUGGCGUCGAUGCCGGCGCAUUCUGUGACUGAACCUCGACCACACUCACCGGCGCUUCCUCCGGCGCCUGCGCCACCGGGGCAGGCUCUGCCGCCUCCGCCCGCGGAGGAGGCCGAGCCCGCGGCACCUGCGUCGUCGAGCAAGCCCAUAAGCGUGCUACCUGACUCGCCAAUUUCGGUGCCAGCGCUUCGUCCACAUGCGCCAAUGCCAUUGCAGCAAGUAAGUCCGCUGAUCCAGGCCAGUCUAAACGCACGGAGUGAGUUUAAGAAAGCGUCGCGCCAGUGGCGGCCCAAGACGUUUACUGUGCUGUCGAGCUCGACGGGCCAAUUUCAGCCGGACAAGCCCCAUCUCCUGAACGGCCAGGAAGUAUCGCCGCAGGCGCUCUCUGUUCAUACAAAGCGGCGUACCACCUCGGCCACGAAGCUGUCAUCACAGCUAGCGUCGCAAGACCUGAGUGGCGUUGGCGACUCGAGUCACACGCAAACUAUUGCGCCAAGGCCCUUGUACUUUGGGCGCGAGCGCGGCGUCCUUCCAACGUGGCUUCGUGAGCAGUACGAGGAAGGUAACGUUCUGUAUCCCCCCCCUGAUCCUGCGGACGCAUCGGUGGUAAACGUUUUUGACGCACUACACAGAAAGGCGCAGCAAUCGAUGAAUGGCAGUGAGCGUGCGGCGGCCAGUAUCAAUCGCAACACGCCAUUCUUCCCGCCGCAUGAGCGCGACCGUGAGCGUGCGGAGCGCGCCACCGCCAAUGGUAGCGGCCCUGAGCAGUACCGCAGGCUGAACGAGGAGACUUCGGUCGGCAUGCGCUCGUCCGCUGAGACCCUAGGCGAGCGGGGCAAGCUCGCUACGAGCCGCUCCAAGCCACACCUGAGAAGCCGCCGGCCCGAGCCGGGCAUGGCGAGUCACACUUGGGGCACGCAGUUCGAGUCUGGUACAUACGCAGGCUUCAAGACGCCUAUGGCGCGUGACCAGCGCCUGCAGCUGCCGCACGUAUCGUCCAAACGCUCGUUCCACUACCGUCCGAUCCAGGAGUUCCAACCGAUGUUGGCGAUGCCCCACGACGGCGCCGACGCAGUCCCUGCGGAUGAUCCAGACCGUUCGCGCGCGACUGAAGAUGGCGAGCCAGUCAGCGUGCAUGCGGGUGAUAUGCCGCGCCUCUCGCGCACCCAGUCGCUCACACUGCGUCCUUCUGAGACACAGCGCUCGAUGCCUGGCGAUGUGUCACGCCCGCGCCUAAAGGCGCAGCACCAAGCGAGUACCUCGCCGCUGUUCACUCACAGUCGACGUGCAGAUGAUGAAGUGGUUUCGCGCAGAAGCAGCCGCCGCAUGAGCAAGUCCAAGAGUGCAGACAUGUCCAAGUGGAUUUCGACGUCGGCCAAUGCCGCUGCUGCGCCAGAUCUAGAUCCUGUACCGCAUUCCGCCACCGACGAGACCGCGCCGACAGAUCUGAAGGCGCCCGAGCCAAGCUCUGAAAGCGCUGCCGAUGCGCGACCGCUAUCCCAAGAGCCCGAGGCCAAAGAUCCGUCGGGCACAGGCGACAACUCUGAUGCAGGUACGACGGUGGACCUCGGUGCGCGAGAUGGUCCCGGCCCGCCUGCAGCAGAGUCCGAAGAGCCAGUGGAUCGUGAUGCUGAAGGAAAGUCGAACGAAGGAUCUUCCUCGGUACCUGCUGACGAGACCAAGGCCGAGGCGGCGACGUAG